UUCUGUACAAAUCUGUCACUUCAAUUUCAACCGGCCGAAAGGAAGGACGUUAAUUGACCUAAACUUAAAAAGAAAGAAUUGGAUGCUAGUCAUCGAAUCCAACAAUUAUUAGAAAAGAAAUCUGCAUUCAUCCGUUCUACGGGCAGACCAAAUAUAAUGAAUAUGACGUAAGUGUACCAUAGCAUACAAAAAAUCAAUAUGUAUCUGUAUAAUCUUACCUUACAACGUGCCACAGGCAUCACCCACGCCAUCCAUGGAAGUUUCUCGGGAACCAAAGUCCAAGAGAUCAUUGUGUCGCGUGGAAAGAGCUUGGAACUCCUGCGUCCCGACUCGACCACUGGCAAAGUACACACUCUUUUGACUACUGAAGUCUUUGGAUGCAUUCGAGCAUUGAUGUCUUUUCGUUUAACAGGAGGAACUAAAGAUUACAUCGUAGUUGGUUCUGAUUCUGGGAGAAUAGUCAUUUUGGAAUACAAUCCAACUAAGAACUAUCUUGAAAAAGUCCAUCAGGAGACAUUUGGAAAGUCAGGAUGUCGUCGCAUUGUUCCUGGGCAAUAUUUCUCCAUCGAUCCAAGGGGUCGUGCAAUUAUGAUUGGCGCUGUAGAGAAGCAAAAACUCGCUUAUAUUCUUAAUCGAGAUGCCGAAGCAAGAUUGACGAUUUCUUCACCUUUGGAAGCUCACAAGUCCAACACUUUGACCUAUCACAUGGUUGGCGUGGAUACUGGCUUUGAAAAUCCAAUGUUUGCUUGCUUGGAAAUCGAUUACGAAGAAGCCGACAAUGAUCCAACUGGUGAAGCUGCCCAAAAAACUCAACAAACACUGACAUUUUACGAGCUUGAUUUGGGUUUAAAUCAUGUUGUUCGAAAGCGUUCCGAACCACUCGAAGAACACGCUAACUUCUUGAUCUCAGUUCCUGGCGGUAGUGAUGGACCAUCGGGGGUAUUAAUUUGCUCUGAAAACUACUUGACGUACAAGAUCUAUGGCGAUAUGCACGAUAUUCGUUGUCCCAUUCCUCGUCGAAGGAACGAUUUGGAUGAUCCCGAGAGGGGAAUGAUUUUUAUAUGUUCGGCAACUCACAGGACAAAGAGUAUGUACUUCUUCUUGGUGCAGACAGAGCAAGGAGAUAUCUUCAAAGUCACUCUGGAAACCGAUGACGAUGCUGUGUCGGAGAUUAAGUUGAAAUAUUUUGACACAGUCCCACCAGCUACUUCGAUGUGUGUUCUUAAAACUGGGUUCCUCUUUGUUGCAUCGGAAUUUGGCAACCAUUAUUUGUAUCAGAUUGCUCAUUUGGGUGAUGAUGACGAUGAGCCUGAAUUCAGUUCUGCUAUGCCCCUGGAGGAGGGAGAAACUUUCUUCUUUGCUCCACGUCCUCUGAAAAAUUUGGUCAUGGUCGAUGAAAUGCCAUCCUUCGCUCCCAUCAUCACAUCUCAAGUUGCUGAUUUGGCCAACGAGGAUACACCCCAAAUGUAUUUGCUCUGUGGUCGAGGACCUCGCUCAUCGAUUCGAGUACUGCGCCACGGUCUGGAAGUCUCCGAGAUGGCUGUAUCUGAAUUGCCCGGAAACCCCAACGCCGUAUGGACGGUGAAGAAACGCAUUGACGAUGAUUUCGAUGCUUAUAUCAUUGUGUCCUUCGUGAAUGCCACGCUGGUUCUUAGUAUCGGUGAAACUGUCGAAGAAGUGACGGACAGUGGAUUCCUGGGUACAACACCGACGCUUAGCUGCUCCUCGUUGGGAGAUGAUGCUUUGGUUCAGGUGUAUCCUGAUGGUAUCCGUCAUAUUCGAGCCGAUAAGCGUGUGAACGAAUGGAAGGCACCUGGAAAGAAGUCGAUUUCCAAGUGUGCUGUCAACCAGAGACAAGUUGUGAUAGCUCUGUCUGGUCGGGAGUUGGUCUAUUUCGAGAUGGAUGAGUCUGGUGAACUAAAUGAGUACACAGAGAGGUCUGAGAUGCCUGCAGAAAUUAUGUGCAUGGCAUUGGGAACGGUGCCCGAGGGAGAGCAGCGGUCGUGGUUCUUGGCUGUUGGUUUGGCCGACAACACUGUUCGAAUUAUAUCCCUCGAUCCAAAUGAUUGUCUAUCGCCGUGUUCCAUGCAAGCGUUGCCAUCUCCCGCUGAGUCUUUGUGUUUGGUCGAGAUGGGUCAUGGAGAGUUGAAUGAGGAGGGACAGGCUCAAGGCAAAGGAACGAUAUAUCUCAAUAUCGGGCUGAGCAACGGAGUAUUGUUGAGGACAGUUCUUGAUCCAGUGUCUGGAGAUUUGGCCGACACUAGAACAAGAUAUUUGGGUUCACGACCAGUGAAGUUGUUUAGAAUUAAAAUGCAAGGAGCCGAGGCUGUGUUGGCGAUGUCAAGUCGAACGUGGCUCUCGUACUACUACCAAAAUCGAUUCCAUUUGACUCCGUUGUCGUAUGAAACGCUCGAGUAUGCUUCUGGAUUUUCCAGUGAACAGUGUAAUGAGGGUAUUGUAGCGAUUUCAACGAAUACCUUGAGAAUUUUGGCAUUGGAGAAGCUGGGAACGGUGUUCAAUCAAGUUUCGUAUCCUCUGGAUUAUACGCCACGUAUUUUCGCAGUUCAUCAGGACACUGGGCGAAUGAUAAUCGCCGAGACUGAUCACAAUGCAUACACGGAGGAGAUGAAGAAUGCCCGAAAGAACCAAAUGGCUGAGGAAAUGAGAACGGCAGCUGGAGAGGAUGAGCAGGAGUUGGCAAAUGAGAUGGCUGACGCCUUUAUCAAUGAAGUAUUACCUGAGGAUGUCUUUUCUUCGCCGAAGGCUGGUUUGGGUUUAUGGGCAUCUCAAAUUCGAGUUGUGGACCCAAUUCAUGGGCAAACGACGUUCAAGAUACCUCUGACUCAAAAUGACGCAAUAAUGUCGAUGGCUGUUAUGAAAUUCGCUGCAGCGGCUGAUGGGCGGUAUUAUUUGGUUGUUGGAGUCGCCAAAGACCUUCAAUUGAAUCCGAGACUUUCGAAUGGAGGCGCUAUUGAUGUGUAUCGUAUUGAUCCCACGUGUUCGCUGCUUGAGUUCCUGCAUCGAACUGAGUGUGAUGAAAUUCCCGGAGCGCUUUGCGGGUUUCAGGGGCGUUUGUUGGCUGGAAUUGGUCGGAUUCUGCGCAUUUAUGACUUGGGAAAGAAGAAACUUUUGAGGAAGUGCGAGAACAAACACAUUCCCUAUCAGAUUGUCAAUCUGCAAGCCAUGGGUCAUCGGAUUUAUGUGUCAGACGUUCAGGAGUCUGUGUUCUUUGUGCGUUACAAGAGGGCGGAGAAUCAGUUGAUUAUUUUUGCCGACGAUACACAUCCUCGAUGGAUAACUGCAACAACGCUACUGGACUACGAUACCAUCGCUACGGCAGAUAAGUUUGGCAACAUAUCGAUCCUUCGUCUGCCUCACUCUGUUACCGAUGAUGUUGAUGAAGAUCCAACUGGAACUAAGUCCCUCUGGGAUCGUGGUCUUUUGAGUGGAGCUUCACAGAAGGCCGAGAACAUUUCGACAUUCCACAUUGGAGAAAUCAUAAUGUCACUUCAGAAAGCCACCCUUAUUCCGGGAGGUUCUGAAUCUCUCAUAUACUCUACGUUGAGUGGAACUGUUGGGGUUCUGGUGCCGUUUACUAGUCGAGAAGAUUUUGACUUUUUCCAACAUCUGGAAAUGCAUAUGAGGAAUGAAAAUCCGCCACUGUGUGGUCGAGAUCAUCUAAGCUAUAGGAGUGCAUAUUAUCCGGUGAAGAAUGUAUUGGAUGGAGAUUUAUGUGAGCAGUAUUUGUCAAUUGAUCCAGCGAAGCAGAAGAGCAUCGCCGGGGAUAUGUACCGUACACCAAAUCAAAUAUGCAAGAAGCUUGAAGACAUACGAACCCGUUAUGCAUUUUAAGGUAGCUCUAUUUCUAAUUGUGCAAAGUCAGCAGGAGAACAAAAAAAAAAUCAGAAUAAGGAUAUCAAACUUACCGUGGAAGAAGUUGCAUUUAAAAUAUUUAUCCAUCUAUAAGUUUUCUAU